CUGCAUAGAAACAGAUGUGAAGAUGUGUCGUUCUUCCAAAGAAACCGAUAUGUUACGUCGUGCAAAUUUGUGAAGAGUCCUCUGAGGGAGCAGGAGGACAUCCGUGAGAAGUGACAGCUCGGCGGUGAUGUUGCACAGCGCGGUGGAUCACCACAUCACUUUGGGGAAAGUCCUGCCACAACGUGAUGCUGCCACCAUCAUGCUUCACUGUUCCUGGGGUUUAUGAGCAUUGUUGAAAUUCUGACAGACAUAGCACUUUGUGCCAAGAUAAAAAGACCUGAGGAAGCAGCGUAUCGUUUAGACUUUUGGAGAAAUCGACUCCAGCGUGUCUCCAGCAACCCAGUGAUCCAUCCUGUGUGUAAUCACCGAGCAUGGCAGCUUUGUGGCAAGAUCUGUUACCGUAGCAAGUUUGGCGAGCUCUGAGAUUUGUGGCCUUCAUGGAAUGUUGUCUCAGUCCCCGAAUGCUGAACGGCCAUUUUGAACCACAGACCCAUUGAAUGACAAUGGCAGCCAUGAAAACCCAGGAGCAGCGAAGCAGCCCCUUAAAAUCGCCCAUCCAAAAUGACAGCCGUCCCAUUGCACAGUCAAAGGCUGUUCAGUUUCGUACCAUUGCACCGAAAGCUCCAACUUUGGGUUCAUCCUCUGCAGUGAUCUCUAGCCAGCCACCCACUAACCUUCCAGAGGCUUCUACAGCCGUCAGUCCCAAAUCCAUCUUAGUACCAGCACAGAACUACGCGCUCAUGCAAGUAGCUGGACAGGAGGGUACUUUCUCAUUGGUGGCCUUGCCUCAGACAUCACCCCAAAGUCAAAUCCAAAAUAACUUAAAAUUGCCUAUUCCCAGGUAUCAGUCAGUGAGAAGCCAGAGAGCAUCGGAGAAAGCGAACAGUAAGAACUCGGUCAAGGUGGCCAAGUUUUCACAAGCCAAGUGUGCAGUAAAAACAAACUUGGAUGUUUCCAGUUUACCUGAGACUUCAGAAUCAUCCUCUGAACAGAUUGUUGGGAUGGGGUCUGCUUCUUCAUCUGAAGUGUUGCUGCCGGACAAUGCUGUCCUUUGCACAGCAUCACGGAAAGAGCAAGCUGUGAAAAGAUGCACUGAAAACUUCAGCUACUCCACCAGCACCUCUGCCACUGCACUUGUUGCCCCCGUCAGUAACAGCAAAACCAUAAAAACCCAGACAGAAGGUGCCUCUGCAGGAAGUGCUAUCACUGUCCUCUCCCCCACUAUCUUCAGCAAAGCUGUCCAGAUCAUCCCCUCUCCCCCCAAGGGCAAACUCCCCAUUCUGCCUUACGCCAAGGUGAAGAAUUCUCUCUUACCAUCUCCAGGUCUUGCCAGCACCCAGUCCCCAGUGAAAGUCUCGUCAGUCCAGGCUAAAAAUAAGCCAAAAAGCUCGCCAGACAUCAAAGGCAUGGUCGCAGACAGCAGAACCAGGAGUGUAAAUACCACCCACUGCAAGAAGCCUACAGGCAAGAGGCGAGGGAGGAAAAGGAAAACCAUGGAGGACAUUUUGUCCUUUGAGGCAAAGAAGAAGAGAUCUUUGUCAUUUUUCUCUAGGAGAGUACCAGAGAAACCAACACCUGGCACCCAGUCUUCUUCCUCACACGACAAGGUUGUGGACAUUUCGAAAAAAUACCGCAGCAUUCGUCCAAAGCCUAUUCUAGUAAUGGAAACGACUGUUCCUCGACUUGUACCAUUGGCUUCUCUAUCAAGCUCCAAGAACCCUGACCAGAAACUUCUCAUGGAGCAGAUGUCGUCAGGAAAAGCACUUGGUACUGUCCAGCCAGCCUUAUUGUCCAUACCAGCGCCAGGGCAGCAAUCUAUGGCUGAAACUGGAAAUUGUGGAAGGUUUGCAUACGUAGGUAGCCGUGCACUCCACCGAUGUACAACCUGCAGUAGGUGUUUCCAGUUCAAGCAUCACUUACAGAGUCACAUGAACAGCCACAGUAACCUGAGACCAUAUGGGUGUCCAGUGUGUAGGAAAGCCUAUGCUCACUCCGGUAGCCUAAGCACACACAUGAAGCUUCACCAUUCAGAGGGGAGGCCGAGGAAAAGCCUCCGCUGUGAGUUUUGUGAAAAAGCGUUUGGGUACGUCGGUGUGUACUUCAGCCACCUCCGAGAGGUGCACAGGGUCAUCCUUACAGUAGAGCCAUCCAUCCGUCAACAUGAGGAGAACACACCCAUAGAAGGUUGUGUCGACUCUGAGGACCAGACAUCAGAACACCGCGUGGAUCCUGUGGAGCUGCAAAUAAAGUGUGGCCGCUGCCAGGCAAUCACGCCCACCUUUGCUGACAUGAAGCUCCACUUGUUGUACGUGCAUGGUGAGGAAGUCCAGGUCCAUCUAAAAGAGGGGGCUAUGCAUGAGGGACGUGAGGCUGAGAACGAGCUGGUUAAGCACGCAGCCCACUAUUGGAGGCAACUCAACGAGAGGCGCAACUUGGUACGCUGCGGAAGUUGUGAUGAGGAGUUCUUCUCAUUCUCGAAGCUCGAGUGCCACCUGCACGCCCACCACCAAGGGGUUAUCACGAGUCAAGAGGACGAACGGGAACUGAAGAAAGAAGAGGACGUCUCCGAGAGGUCCGACAAAAGCGUGACCUUGAGAGCAGGGUCGAAAUUUAAUUGCAUCCUGUGCAGUGGGGUUUUGAACAGCAAGCAGGAAGUUCUGGAGCACUGGAAGGAGGUUCACAAGUGUGAGAACCCAGUCAUGCUCUGGGAGGUUCUGGAUUCAAAGUGAGAGUACAGACCUGCUCUUAGCAUCAAGUAGCAUCUUGAGGAGUAUUGUGUGUGGAACAUUUUCAUCAGUUUCUUUCUUUAUUUCUGUUUUGCACAGUUUGAUUUUGUUGUUGAAGGGAAAUAUUGUGUUUGCUUUUUAUAUAAGUUGUGAAAUUCUUUUUUGACUUUUUGUUGAUGUGUAAUGGACACAUGGUUCUAAGAGGAUUGAUUCCAAGUGUUUCAAAAUUCAGUUUUGAGCUUUAGACUGUGUAUGUAUAUAAAUGCACAUUUAUACAGCGGGGUCCAAAAGUCUGAGACCACAAGUGAAAAUCCAUCUGUUUGGCUCUUUUUUCUCUUUAAUUUUUUUUUUUUAUUUGGAAAAGCAUAAAUCUCUCAGUGGUCAUUUUACAUCAUAUCAAAAUUACUGCAAGGGAUUUAAAUCAUUUAGAUUUAAAACAAAAACUGUGCAGUAUAUUUGAUAUGCAUUUCACCAUCUAGCUCGUCCAUUGGUUUUCUUUUCUAACAACAGGUUUAAUUAUUUACAGCUGAACAUGGAAAGCUUUCACUUCUGAUAUUAUAGGCUGAGGGGGGAAAGAAAGAAUAACAAGAAGACAGUCAUAUCUGUAUCCCCCACCCUAUAUACACCAACUUUCAAGAUAUUGUCACAUUUUUCGAGUCCUGCUACAGGAAACCAACCCUACGUCUUUACACUGACCUCAGCAGCCCAUGGCAUAAACCCACCGGACCUUUGGUCCAGCUGAGCUAAAAAUUAACAUUUCUCACAUUACUUAAUCAACACAUAUACCAACUUUCAAGACCAUACCACUCAUAGUUUUCAAGUUCUGCUCCGGAAACAAAACCAACCCUUGAGACUAACCUGAGAGACUAGGUCUGAAAUUGUUUCCAUGGAAACAUGAAAAAUUUAAAUUUCUCAUAAUUUCUUAGUAUGAAAAGGCACAUCUACAUCACCUUGUUAACAUGUAUACCAAAUUUCAAAUCUGUAUCAUGAAUAGUUUUGGAUAUAUGCUCCAGAAAUGAACAUUGCUCUUAGAAACUAAAUCAAAAUCUAUUUUUUAUGUAAAUACUUGAAACAACAUUCUCCCCCCCAAAAAAAAAUCUCAUCUCAUUAUCUGUAGCCGCUUUAUCCUGUCCUACAGGGUCGCAGGCAAGCUGGAGCCUAUCCCAGCUGACUACGGGCGAAAGGCGGGGUACACCCUGGACAAGUCGCCAGGUCAUC